AAUAAUUCAGAGAGGCGGCGGCGGCGGCAGCGGCGGGUGCGGGCAGGAGGCGGCGGAAGCAGCGGGGAUCGAACGGCAGAGGCUAUGCAUCCAAGUGCGGCUGGGCAGCCGCGGCACCCCUGAGGCCCGGACGGGCUCCAGGAGCAUCGCACGGGGGGCAAGCUUGCCCAGGAGUGCAAGGAAGAGCACUAGUGUCCAGAGCAGCGUCGGCAGAGCUGCGCACCGAGCUGAGGAGGGGGCUUCGGAACGGGGCUGGGGUGGGGGGGGCGGCUGGCGCAGGCAGCCCCCGGAGUGGGGGGCGGGGUGGGCGCCGGCGCCGCGAUGCUGGGCAUCGUGGAGCUGCUGCUGCUGGGGGCAGCGUGGCUGGCGGGCCCAGCCCGCGGGCAGAAUGAGACGGAGCCCAUCGUGCUGGAGGGCAAGUGCCUGGUGGUUUGCGACUCCAACCCUACGUCUGAUCCCACGGGCACAGCUCUGGGCAUCUCUGUGCGCUCCGGCAGCGCCAAGGUGGCUUUCUCUGCCAUCAGAAGCACCAACCACGAGCCGUCCGAAAUGAGUAAUCGCACCAUGAUCAUCUACUUCGACCAGGUACUAGUGAACAUCGGGAACAACUUUGAUUCAGAACGCAGCACUUUCAUCGCCCCGCGCAAAGGAAUCUACAGUUUUAACUUCCACGUGGUAAAAGUCUACAACAGACAGACCAUCCAGGUGAGCCUCAUGUUAAACGGGUGGCCGGUGAUUUCAGCCUUCGCUGGUGACCAGGACGUAACCCGGGAGGCCGCCAGCAACGGAGUUCUAAUCCAGAUGGAGAAAGGCGACCGAGCAUACCUCAAGCUGGAGCGGGGAAACUUGAUGGGGGGCUGGAAGUACUCGACCUUCUCCGGAUUCCUUGUUUUUCCCCUCUGACUGGCUCAUCGCCAGAACGGCGGCAGGGAGAGGGCGAAGGCAGGAGGGGAAAAGAUAAAGUGGCUGAAAUUUAGAGGACGAGAAAGCGGCACGACGUGAAACUUCCUACAUGUUCCCCGGCUGCAUCUGGGGAAAUGGUGCGCACCCGGGCGGUUGGACAACUUUGUCCGUUUCCUCAUUAAGAGAAGUAAAUUCCGCUUAGCUCCGUGCACUCCCAUUUCCAAAAAUAAACUCGCCUCCCCCUUUCCAGUUGCAGUAAUCAAGAAAGAGAGACUGCCUUGUCAUUGUUUCUUACCCUCACGUUCAUGCUCCCUACAAUUUGUAUAAAAGAAACUUUACGUUUCACUGUAUAAUGUGAAAUAUCUUCCUCCGACCCCUCUGAAUCUUUCCACCGGCUGCAAUCUAAUAUGUCCUCCCUUCUUUUUUUAUUUUGGAGAAGGGGGAAGGAUUUUUUUUUUUUUUGGAUGGGAGGGGUUGUUUUAACGUGGACAGUGUUGCUCUUAAAACACUGCUCGAGUUAAUUAGCUGAAGAUACUUUGUAUCCUCAGCUGCUUGUUAGCAGAGAAAGGACUCAGCGGUGACUGGU